UUUUUAGAUUUAUGGAUAAAACUUCCUGUGAAAAUAUUUUUCUAUUUGUUUUCAGUCAGGCUCAUCCACAAUUUAGACGAGCAGAGUUUGAAAGUUCGCAUUAUCAAAUCCUUCACUUUGAUGGUGGUGAAGCUUCUGUUCGGUGUAUACUUGGUCGUUCAGUUCUUCUUAAAUCUGCCUUCCGUAUUCUCAUAAAUGCACCUUCUCAUGAUAUUGUCCUUGAGCAAUUGAGUAAAUCUAAUAUUUUACAGGUUUUAUUAUUUGGUAAAUAA